AUGGCGUUUUCUCUCUCUACCUCUUUCUUUUGCACACACUCUUUCAAAUCCACGACGUUGAAACUGAAACCUCCCACUGAGCCUCAUUGCUUCGCGCGUCUUCGAGUUCCAACCACAGCUUCUUCCCGAAACGACAAUGCCAACACUGAUUCCGUUGAAACUCCCUUACUCCAACAUUCUUCCUCUAAACAGCGUCAUGAUUCAUCUUCUUCUCUGCUUCGUCGUUUCAAGUACUCUUUGAUCCUUUUAGAACUUGUUUUUCUCUUCUGCAAGAUUUGUUUUGGGUUUAAGUUUGAAGUUGAUAUCACCUGGUUUAAAUUUGAUGAACUUGGGAUGGAGAUAGUGCUCAUUGCCCUGCCUGCUGCUUUGGCUUUGGCGGCCGAUCCUAUUGCCUCUUUGAUUGACACGGCGUUUGUUGGCCACAUAGGGGCAGUUGAGUUGGCUGCAGUUGGGGUUUCAGCUUCUGUGUUUAACCUUGUGUCAAAAGCAUUCAAUGUUCCUUUACUUAAUAUUACUACAUCAUUUGUUGCGGAGGAGCAGGCACUGAUUAGCAAGGAAGAAGAGUCAAAAGAUGGAAAUGGCCAGUACCAAAGCAAGAAGCUCCUUCCUUCAGUGUCGACCUCUUUAGUACUUGCUGCAACUCUUGGAAUUGCACAAACUGUGGCACUUACCCUUGGCUCUGGCAUUCUUAUGAAUAUCAUGGGUAUACCUGCUGUAUGUCAUACUUGGCCAAUCAUUGAUCCAUACAUUGUCUCAUAUAAGUGA